AUGGCUGAUAUGGGAUCUGCAAGCUUUUUACACAUUGGAGACAUAGUCUCCCUAUAUGCAGAAGGAAAUGUUUCUGGAUUUUUGAGUACUUUAGGCUUAGUAGACGACAGAUGUGUUGUUCAACCAGAUGCUGGAGAUCUUGCAUCUCCACCCAAAAAAUUUCGAGAUUGUCUUUUUCGGAUGUGUCCCAUGAGUCGCUAUUCAGCUCAGAAGCAGUUUUGGAAAGCGGCCAAGCAGAGUACCACAAGUGCCACAGAUGCUGUGCUAUUAAAAAAAUUACAUCAUGCAGCUGAACUUGAAAAGAAACAAAAUGAAUCUGAAAAUAAAAAAUUAGUAGGAACAGUUAUUCAGUAUGGAGGUGUUAUGCAAUUAUUACACUUGAAGAGCAAUAAGUAUUUGACUGUAAAUAAAAGACUGCCGGCUCUUUUGGAGAAAAAUGCCAUGAGAGUUUGCCUCGAUUCUGCUGGAAAUGAAGGAUCUUGGUUUUAUAUUGUGCCUUUUUAUAAGUUACGAUCUACUGGAGAUAAUGUUGUUGUUGGUGAUAAAGUAGUUUUGACACCAGUUAAUGCUGCACAACCCUUACAUGCUAGCAAUUAUGAGCUUCAAGACAAUCCUGGGUGCAAAGAAGUUAAUGCUGUCAACUCCAAUACAUGCUGGAAAAUUUCCUUAUUCAUGGAAUAUAAAGAAAAUAUUGAUGAUGUACUAAAAGGAGGUGAUGUUGUGAGGUUAUUUCAUGCAGAGCAAGAAAAGUUCCUUACUAUGGAUGAUUAUAAAAAGAAUCAAUAUGUAUUCCUAAGAUCUACUGGUCGGACUACGGCUACUGCUGCUACAAGCUCUAAAGCAUUGUGGGAAGUUGAAGUAGUUCAACAUGACCCAUGUAGAGGAGGAGCAGGCCAUUGGAAUAGUUUAUUUCGUUUCAAGCAUUUGGCUACUGGUCAUUAUUUAGCAGCAGAAGUUGAUAAUGAUGACACACCUGAUGCUAUGCGUAGUAAACUAAGAGGUUCCUCCAAUAAUAAUGUGUACUGUUUGGUUGCUGUUCCUCACUCUACGGAUAUUGCAUCAAUUUUUGAACUGGAUGCCACGACGUUGUCUCGAGGAGAUGAUCUUGUUCCACAGUCUUCUUAUGUACGAUUAAGGCAUUUGUGUACAAAUACAUGGGUUCAUAGUACAACUAUUCCAAUUGAUAAAGAAGAAGAAAGGCCAGUAAUGUCCAAGGUUGGAUGUGCUUGGAUCAAGGAAGAUAAGGAAGCGUUUGCAAUUGUACCUGUUUCUGCGACUGAAGUUAGAGAUCUAGAUUUUGCUAAUGAUGCAUGUAAAGUUCUUGAUGCCAUCUCUGGCAAUCUGGAAAAAGGACAAAUUAUACAAAAUGAAAGAAGGUUUGUUACUCAACUUCUUCAAGAAGUGAUAUAUUUUGUUGCUAUGAAAGAAAAUGAUCCCAAAAAACCUGAUCCUUUAGACUUGGUAGUUUCACAUCCCAAUAGAGAAAGACAGAAGCUACUGAGAGAGCAAAAUAUAUUAAAACAGUUGUUUAAAAUUCUUCAAGCUCCAUUUGUUGAUGUUGGAGAUGGCCCUAUACUUCGAAUGGAAGAACUUAAUGAUCCAAGACAUGCACCUUUCAAGCACAUAUGUCGACUUUGUUACCGUAUCUUGAGAUUAUCACAGCAGGAUUACAGGAAAAAUCAAGAAUAUAUUGCCAAGUGGUUUGGCUUCAUGCAAAAACAGAUUGGUUAUGAUGUAUUAGCUGAAGACACCAUUACUGCACUACUGCAUAGUAAUAGGAAAUUACUUGAGAAGCAUAUCACUGCUGCAGAAAUAGAAACUUUUGUUAGUUUAGUUCGGAAGAAUCGAGAAAGCAGGUUUCUGGAUUAUUUAUCUGACCUCUGCAUAUCAAAUAAAGUGGCUAUUCCAAUUACUCAAGAAUUGAUUUGUAAAGCUGUGUUGAGUCCUAAGAAUUCUGAUAUUCUAAUUGAGACAAGAAUGGUUAGAACUCAGAUGGAGGUUGAGGUUGAAGUGGAAAACACAAAUGGAGAGGUUGAGCCAAUUGUAACAAUUGAAGAAGAGGAGGAUGUGGUUUUGUUUUGGGACAAUGGGAGGAAAAGCAAAAGUGUUCGUGAACUGGCUUCCAGUGCUUCUGAUGGCACCAAAGAUGACCAAGCUAUUCUUUCAUACUACAGGCAUCAGUUGGAUCUUUUUUCUGGCAUGUGCUUAGAUAGACAAUACUUGGCCAUCAAUAAUUUAUCUCCUCAUUUGGAUAUUGAUCUUAUACAAAAAUGUAUGGCUGAUGAAAAUUUGCCAUUUGACUUAAGAGCUGCCUUUUGUCGUCUGAUGCUUCAUAUGCACGUUGAUCGUGAUCCCCAGGAGCAAAUAACGCCUGUGAAGUAUGCUCGUCUUUGGUCUGACAUUCCUAGGAAGUUAUCUAUUCAAGAUUAUGAUUCUAAUAAACAUCCAGAUCCUAACAAAGAAGCUGUUAGAGCAAAGUUUGCUCCCACUAUAGCUUUUGUUGAAGAUUAUUUGUGCAACGUUGUCGGACAUAUGUGGUCUUUUGCUGAUAGAGAGCAGAAUAAACUUACUUUUGAGGUUGUGAAGUUGGCUAGGGAACUGAUUUAUUUUGGAUUUUAUAGUUUUAGUGAUCUGUUAAGGCUAACGAAAACAUUGCUAAGCAUUUUAGAUUGUGUUCCAGAAUCAAGCUUCUUAAAUGGGAAAUUAACAGCUGCAGAAUUAGAUGCUCGAGGAGGAGUGUUAAAAUCCAUUGGAGACAUGGGCGCAGUUAUGACUAAUAUGGUUCUUGGGACUGCUGGAAUGACAAAGCAGGUUGCUGCUACAAUGCAAAAGAAGGCAUCUAUAACUGGAGCUGAAGAUACCUUAGUCAUGGAUACUAAAUUGAAAAUUAUCGAGAUUUUACAGUUCAUUUUAAAUGUACGCCUUGAUUAUCGGAUUACUGGGUUACUCUCCAUUUUCAAACGUGAGUUUGAUGAAAGUCAUGAUAAGACAGCUACUGAAGAAACUCUUACAAUUGGAGAGAAAGGCAUUGAUUUAGAGCGAAUUAGUCAUCAUGCUGAAGCAAUAUUUGGUGGGAAAGAUGACUGUACUGAAAUUGACCUGGAUGGUCAAGGUGGACGUACAUUCUUAAGAGUGCUGCUUCAUCUUACCAUGCAUGAUUAUCCACCUUUAGUAUCUGGUGCACUACUGCUACUCUUCAGACAUUUCAGUCAACGUCAAGAAGUCUUGCAAGCAUUUAAACAGGUCCAACUUUUAGUUUCUGCUAGUGAUGUAGAGAACUACAAACAGAUUAAGACAGAUUUAGAUGAGUUGAGAUUAUUGGUGGAAAAAUCUGAGCUGUGGGUUUUUAAAUCAAAACAUGAUGAAGUGGGGAAAAAGAAAAAGGCUACCGAAGAUGAUGGCGAUGGUGAUAACGAGCAAAAGAAAGAAUCUAAGUCCAAAAAGAAAACUAAUCUGGAUUUGGGUCAAGCUGCAAAUGAAGGUUCGGCCAUUGAUUUGGAUAUUGGCCCUCCUGUUGAUCCUAUUCAAAAUAAAAAUUACAAAACAAUUCAGCAGAUUUUGUUGCGGCUUACAAGAUUGUGUGUCCAAGAACUUGCAACUGGAAAAAAGCCUCGCAAGCACGAGCAACGUCUUUUGCGAAACAUGGGAGCCCAUGCAGUCAUUUUAGAACUAUUGCAAAUUCCUUAUGAUAAGAAAGAAGAUAUCAGAAUGAAUGAGCUAAUGAGAUUAGCUCACGAGUUCCUUCAGCAUUUUUGUUUAGAUAAUCAUGCUAAUCAAGCCCUGCUUCAUAAGCAUUUAGACCUUUUUCUGAAUCCUGGGUCUCAUUUACGGCUACUUGAAGCCCAGACCACAAGGAGUAUCUUCAUGGAUAAUGUGGCUCUGUGUAAUGAACUGAAUGAGAGGGUGGUCCAGCAUUUUGUGCAUUGUAUUGAAACUCAUGGUCGGCACGUGCAGUAUCUGAAGUUCCUGCAGACUAUUGUGAAGGCAGAAGGUCAAUAUAUUCGCAAAGGGCAAGAUCUUGUCAUGCAGGAGCUAAUAAAUGCUGGUGAAGAUGUUUUAGUGUUUUACAAUGAUAAAACAUCCUUCAACCAUUUAGUCGAGAUGAUGAGAUCUGAAAGGCAGAGAAUGGAUGAAGCUGGUCCUCUACAGUACCACAUAAAUCUUGUCAAACUUCUGGCCUGCUGCACUGAAGGGAAAAAUGUGUUCACUGAAAUCAAGUGCCAUUCAUUGCUGUCUUUGGAUGAUAUUGUUCAAGUCGUUACUCAUCCUGAUUGUUUACCUGAGAUUAAAGAAGCAUAUAUCAAUUUCCUUAGUCAUUGCUUUAUUGAUACAGAAGUAGAAAUGAAAGAGAUUUACACAAGUAAUCACAUUUGGACUUUGUUUGAAAAUUUCCUUGUGGAUAUGGCUAUGGUUUGUAAUGCAACACAUGACAGACGUCAUGCAGAUGUACAACUGGAGAAUUACGUUACAAAUUCUGUCAUGAACAUCAUUACAACGUUUUUUAAUUCUCCAUUUUCUGAUCAGAGUACUACUGUCCAGACUCAUCAGCCUGUGUUUGUCCGUCUUCUUCAAGGUGCAUUUAGAUUAUCCAAUUGUGCUUGGUUGAGCAUUCAGCAAAGGAUGAAUGUAGAAAGUUGUAUUAAAACUUUAUCAGAUAUAGGAAAAAAUAGAGGCAUUGCUAUACCAGUUGACCUAGACACUCAAGUAGCUGCUAUGUUUAAUAAAAAUGCAAUGAUUAGUAAGCACACCAGAGCUUGGUUAUCUGCUGCUCGAACUCCCCGAAGAGUACCUUCAUCUGCAAAUGUGUUUAAAAAUGAUCGUAGCAUCAUUGAAGGAUUACAGGACAUUGUGUCUCUGCUUGAGGAUCAAUUGCACCCUUUAGUUCAAUCGGAACUAUCGGUAUUAGUGGACGUUCUUCAUAGACCAGAACUUCUCUUUCCUCCUGGAACUGAAGCUCGAAAGAAAUGUGAGCAUGGUGGAUUCAUAUCAAAGCUCAUAAGUCACACAGAAAGAUUGUUGGAGGAGAAGGAAGAAAAACUGUGUAUUAAAGUGCUGCAAACUUUAAAAGAAAUGAUGUCUCUUGAUCCAGACUAUGGGGAAAAGACUGAUGCCAAAGCUUUAACAAGGAAAGAAAUUGAAGAUCAGGCAAGGGGUGAAGCUUUGCGUCAGACUUUGCUCUUAAGGUACUUUGGAAAAAUUCAAAAUAAGAGAGACAGCAUCGUGAACGGUAAACAACCCUCCAAUCCACCAGGUGCUUCAACGCCCAUAACCCAUGGCCCUGGUGGUGUUAUACUCACCAGGGCAGAAAUGACACUUGCUGAAGUUCAAUGUCAUUUGGAUGAAGAAGGAGCCUCUAAUUUGGUGGUUGAGCUCAUCAUGAAAAACCCAACAUAUGCUAUAUUUCUUGAAAGUGUUGAGUUAGGGAUUGCUUUACUAGAAGGUGGAAAUCCUGUUAUUCAGAAAUCAAUGCUUCUAAAGUUGACAUCUGGAAACUUUUCUGAGAAGUUUUUUAAGGUUUUCUAUGAAAAGAUUAAGUUAGCUCAACAAGAAAUUAAAUCUUCUGUAACAGUGAAUACUGUUGAACUUACAAACAGGAAUGGAGAUGAAAAAGAUAAUAUUGGAAAAGAUGCUGGAAAAGAUGGUCGACGAAUUAAGAAUUUAAAGCAGAAUGGACUUGUUAUGACUGAUGAGUUAAAAGAACAGUUAGAAGAUGCAGCUGCAGCAACAAACAAGGCAUAUGCUCAUGUCCGCACACUCGGAACAAGUGGAGCAGCAUCAGCUGUUGAAUCUGAUCUGUUAAAUCUUGGACAAGGUUCCCAUAGUCAUAUUGCUUUAGAAGAAAUUUUAGCAGAGAAAGCCGAGAAAGCCAAAGAUGCAGAAGAAAAUAAGCUGCCGCAGGAAGUAAUGAUUAUGCAGCCCAUUCUCAGAUUUCUGCAACUUUUAUGUGAGAACCACAAUUACGACUUACAAAAUUUCCUGAGAAAUCAGAAUAAUAAAAACAACUACAAUAUUGUUUCUGAAACCCUUAUGUUUCUUGAUUGUAUUUGUGGCAGUACAACUGGUGGCUUAGGAUUGUUAGGACUUUACAUAAAUGAGCACAACGUAGCGCUAGUCAAUCAAACAUUAGAAACUCUUACAGAAUAUUGCCAAGGUCCUUGUCAUGAAAAUCAGAAUUGCAUUGCUGUCCAUGAGAGUAAUGGUAUUGAUAUAAUUAUUGCUCUCAUUCUGAAUGAUAUUAAUCCUUUAGGGAAGAAAAGGAUGGAUCUUGUACUAGAACUAAAAAACAAUGCAUCCAAAUUGUUAUUGGCUAUUAUGGAAAGUCGUGGUGAUAGUGAAAAUGCAGAAAGAAUUCUUUAUAAUAUGAGCCCUAAGCAAUUGGUAGAAGUUGCUUGUAAUGCAUAUCAUCAGGAAGGUGAGGAUGAAGAUGAUGAAGAUAGUGAAGAAGUUGUUGAAACAGAUGAUGGAGUAUCACCAAAAGAAGUUGGUCAUAACAUAUACAUUUUAUGCCAUCAGCUUGCACAACAUAAUAAAGAGUUAGCAGCAAUGCUUAAGCCUAAUCUUGCUGAUCCAGAAUCUAAAAUGAAUCAGGCAUUGCAGUACUAUGCAAGUCAUACUGCACAAAUUGAGAUAGUCCGCAAUGAUCGUACCAUGGAGCAAAUAGUCUUUCCAGUCCCACAAAUAUGUGAAUUUUUAACAAGAGAAUCAAAAAUGAAAGUUUAUUACAGUGCAGAGAGAGAUGAGCAAGGAAGCAAGGUUUCAGAUUUUUUUGAGAGAACUGAUGAUUUGUUUAAUGAAAUGAAGUGGCAGAAAAAGUUGAGAGGUCAACCUUUAUUGUAUUGGGUCAGCAGACACAUGUCUAUGUGGAGUACCAUUGCAUUCAAUUUAGCAGUUCUAGUCAAUGUCAUCGUUGCUAUCUUCUAUCCGUUUCCUGAUUUUUCAGGAAAAAUAGACUCUCGAAUUUCUGGUUUGAUUUGGACUGUUAUGUUUGCUUCUUUAGCUGCAGUUAUUACUGUUCCAGGAACUACUGUUAUUCGUGCUUAUGUUUUUUCUACAAUUUUGAGAAUGAUAUAUUCUGUUGGCCUCCAGCCAACUCUUUGGAUGUUAGGAACUGUAAACGUUAUAAUAACAGCUGUUCAUCUAGUCAGUAUAAUGGGCAAUCAUGGAACAUUUACAAAAAGUUUUCGUCAAAUACUUAUAGACUUUGAGCUACUAUAUCAUUUUGUGUAUCUAAUAUUUUGUAUUCUGGGUCUAUGCGCACAUCCUUUUUUCUACAGUGUAUUACUUUUAGAUGUUGUUUAUCAAGAAGAAACUUUGAAAAAUGUAAUAAAAUCUGUCACUAGAAAUGGACGGUCUAUCAUUUUAACUGCAGUUUUAGCUCUCAUAUUAGUUUAUCUUUUUUCAAUCAUUGGUUAUUUGUUCUUCCGUGAUGAUUUCCUGAUGGAAGUUAAUGCCCGAACAGAAAAUGAUUUGCCUGGUGCUAUCGGUGUUGACGAGACUUCCCGAGGUGCAUCUACUCAUCCUUUCCAAGUGCCAAUCCCUCAAGAGGGUUCUUCCAAGAAUGAUAACUGCCCCAUGAGGACGGAAAACAUUUACAAGCCCAUUCUCCCAGAAAAUAUUACUAGUAGUGAGAAUGGAACAGUAUCUGUUGAUGUAAAAUCGCCAUUCGAGGAUGAUGAUGGUGAUGAUACAACAACCGAAAGAGCUUGCGAUUCUUUACUCAUGUGUAUAGUCACUACUUUAAAUCAAGGUCUUAGAAAUGGAGGUGGUAUCGGAGAUGUUCUUAGAGCUCCUAGCUCACAGGAACCUCUGUUUGUGGCCAGGGUAAUAUAUGAUCUGCUGUUCUUUUUUGUUGUCAUUAUUAUUGUUCUGAAUUUAAUCUUUGGUGUUAUCAUUGAUACAUUUGCUGAUCUGAGAAGCGAGAAGCAACAAAAGGAGGAAAUAUUGAAAAAUACAUGUUUCAUUUGUGGUCUAAACAGAGCUUCAUUUGACAACAAAACUGUGUCUUUCGAAGAGCACAUACGCUGUGAACAUAACAUGUGGCACUAUCUAUAUUUUAUAGUUUUAGUAAGAGUGAAGGAUCCAACAGAAUUUACUGGUCCUGAGAGUUAUGUUGCUUCUAUGAUAAAGGACCGAAAUCUGGAUUGGUUCCCAAGAAUGCGUGCCAUGUCUCUUGCUGCUGAUGAAGCAGAAGGGGAGCAGAAUGAAAUGCGAACAUUGCAACUUCAAUUAGAAAAUACACAGAAAUUAGUUUCCACUUUAUCUCAUCAAUUAUCUGAAUUACGAGAUCAGAUGACAGAGCAGCGAAAACAGAAGCACAGGCUGGGCUUACUUGCCACUCCUCCUGUGGCUGGACCCUAUCAUCAGACUUCCACUACAAGUUCUGUCAAUGCGUAGUGACUACAUGCUCAACUUUGUGACGUCUAAAAUUGUAUGAAUGAGACACAUGGUCUAGUUUUCAUCUUGAAGAUGCAUCUGUAGACACGAAGCUUUCUAGUAUGGGAAUAAAUUUUACGCUUUUAUAAAACAAGAUUCUAAAUAGAAAACUUUUUAUGCUAUCAUAGUGAACAUUUCUGGCAACAGUAAAGUGAACUACAAUGUCUGCAGGCAGACUAUGCUGCUAUGAAAUAUGUCAUUGACUUUCAUAAUAUGUUCUUCAGCUUUCGAUCUUUUCCUUUUUAUAAAUAUACACUCUAUGAAAGUUGUCAUUUUUGAUGAAUUUCCUUUUUGUACAAAAUGUCUGUUGCUAGUCAAAUUGUUUUAGUGUAUAAAUUUUUUUUUAUUAUGCGUGAAUGUUUUCGUCCUGUUAGCCAAAUUAUUGGAAGUUGUUUUUAGAGCUGUUCAAUAAGCCAUCAAUUUUUAUCGUAAAAGUGCAGUUGAGCUUAAUUAAUACACUGCUUUUUGAUGGGAAAUGCUUCUAAAAGGACAAUUAAACUGAAUGUUUCAUCUAAAGGUUACAGAGGAUAAAUAUUUUUGUAAAAACUUGAAAUGGAAACCAUAGAAUGCUGUAAAAUUCUUCAAAAAAGAAAAACAAAGAAAACAUGGUUUGAAAGUUUUAGUUAUAUUACUAUACUAAUAGAUAACAAAGUUAAGGAUGAAAUCUUUAAUUAAGUUUCUCAGUUAAAGACUUGUGUAAGCUCUUUUUUUUCCUUUGCAUAUGUUGUCAUUAUGUCGUUUAGCUGCAUUUUCUUUUGGUUUUUAAAUUGGAAUAUUCUGCCAUGUGUAGGUAAAUGGCAGUAUCUACAGGAAUGAGUUUUCGAUACUUGUCGAAUUGUGUCGGUUUCAACAUUAACCAAGGGAAAUCUUGGAAUUAGAUGUUUCUUUUGUGCCUUUUUUUAGGGGAAUUUUUACUCAAUUUUAAUAUUUACAUGUUACUUUUUUCUGAUAAAUUAUAGCAGUUUUACAGUGAGUGUGUGUAUAAUAGUCGAUAUAUACAUCGACUGAUUUUAUGUCAGAACGUCAUUCCAGUACUGCUUUUCAGGAUAAAAAAUUACCCUUUCACAUAAAAUUAGUCAUGUCUCAGUAUUCAGUUAUUUCUUAUUGUUGGUCCAGUUCUGAAAAACUUACAAAGUUACCCCCGGCGUAUAUAUAUAUAAAGAAAUUUUAAGCUUAUCACAAAAGAAUGGCAAAUUAUAACGUGUAUUAACCAAGUUCAACUGCUGCUAUAUGUGUCUUAAAUCAAACUGCUUAAAAUCUUUUCUUCUGUUUUAGUUUGUACAAAUUAUCUCAUGUUAUCAAUUUUAUUUAAUGUUUUAAAUACUGCCUUUUUAUUUGUAGUUGAUCUUUAUGUUUCAAAGAGUUUAUUGGAUGUUUUAAAUGUGAUGCCAUGUGUACAGAAUGUUUGUAAGAUAAUUAUACAAAAUGUUUAUUAUAGUU